AACCACACCAGCAACAACAACAACAACAACAGCAGCAACAACAACACCAGCAGCAACAACAACACCAGCAGCAACAACAACACCAGCAGCAACAACAACACCAGCAGCAACAACAACACCAGCAGCAACAACCACACCAGCUGCAACAACAACACCAGCAGCAACAACAACACCAGCAGCAACAACAACACCAGCAGCAACAACAACACCAGCAGCAACAACAACACAGCAGCAACAACA